UUUAGAAUACCCGGAAGAGAUUUUCUCAAAAAGAAAAAAGAAAAAGAAAAAAAAGGAGAGACAGAGUGCGAGCAAAAAUUGGAAGAGGCUUGAAAACUAAAUCAAAUCUGCAAUAUCCCUUGUGAGUGGGGUUGGUUUGUAUUGGUUUUUGUCAUCUAAAAAAGACAACCCCAUCUUCACAAAAGGGAGGUGAUUUUUAGAUUUGAUUUUGUUUUGUCUUUUUUUUUUUUUUUUAGAUCUCUCUGCUUAUACACACUUGUUUCUUCUCUUCUCUUUUGUUGUUGUUGUUGUUGUUGUUGUUGUUACCAUUGUUUGGAUUUGCAUUUUGAAUCUUUUUUUUUUUUCUCUAUUUAUCAAAAAUGGGGUCUGAGAAAAAGUUCAUUACUGUUGCUGAACUUAGAGAGCACAACAAGGCAGGGGACCUGUGGAUCUCUAUCCAGGGGAAAGUUUACAAUGUGUCUAAUUGGGUUAAGGAGCACCCUGGUGGAGACACUCCUCUUCUCAAUUUGGCUGGGCAAGAUGUUACUGAUGCUUUCUUAGCGUACCAUCCUGGUACUGCUUGGCAAUAUCUUGACAAGUUCUUUACUGGGUAUUACCUCGAAGAUUUCAAGGUUUCAGAGGUGUCCAACGACUACAGGAAGCUGUAUUUUGAAAUCGCCAAAAUGGGUUUGUUUGAAAAUAAAGGACAUGGAACUUUGUACUGUUUAACAUGUGUUGCUUUAAUGCUUUCCAUUGUUGUUUAUGGUGUUUUGAAGAGUGAGAGUGUUUUGGUUCAUUUGGUUUGUGGUAUGUUGUUGGGUAUGCUUUGGAUUCAAAGUGCUUAUAUUGGUCAUGAUUCUGGGCAUUACCAAGUAAUGUCAAGUCCCAAAUACAACAGAGUUGUGCAACUCAUUUCUGGGAAUUGCUUAACUGGGAUCAGCAUUGCUUGGUGGAAAUGGACUCAUAAUGCCCACCACAUUGCUUGCAAUAGUCUUGAUAAUGAUCCUGAUCUACAACAUAUUCCAGUCUUUGCCGUGUCAUCAAAAUUGUUUAAUUCUAUCACAUCUUGCUUUUAUGGGAGGAAGUUGACGUUUGAUCCUGUGGCUAGGUUCCUAGUCAGUUACCAGCAUUUCACAUUUUAUCCAGUUAUGAUCGGUGGAAGGGUCAACUUGUUUAUUCAGACAUUCUUGUUAUUGUUCUCUACGAGGAAGGUCCCUCAUAGAGUUAUGAACCUUUUGGGGCUUCUUGUAUUCUGGACUUGGUUUCCUCUCCUUGUUUCAUGUCUACCCAAUUGGCCAGAGAGGGUGAUGUUCGUGUUGGCAAGUUUUGCUGUUACAGCCCUCCAACACAUUCAGUUCUGUUUGAAUCAUUUCUCUGCCAAUGUUUAUGUUGGACUACCAAAUGGGAAUGAUUGGUUUGAGAAGCAGGCAUAUGGGACUAUUGAUAUAUCUUGCUCCUCUUGGAUGGAUUGGUUCUUUGGUGGAUUGCAAUUCCAGCUUGAGCACCAUUUGUUCCCCCGAUUACCGCGGUGCCAAUUAAGGAACAUUUCUCCUGUUGUGAGGGAUUUAUGCAAGAAGCACAACUUGCCUUAUAGAAGUUUGUCCUUCUGGGCGGCCAAUGCAUCCACCAUCAGGACCCUAAAGUCAGCGGCGCAGGAGGCUCGUGACUUGACCAGCCCUGUCCCUAAGAACUUGGUGUGGGAGGCUGUUAAUACUCAUGGCUGAGGCUACUAACAUCUUUUUCCUUUUUCCUUUUUCCUUUUUCUUUGUAAUAUUUAUCUUGCUAUUUCCAUAAAAUUUCAUGGUUUGACUUUGAGACCAUUAGGAUAAUUGUUAUUUCCAAAUUUUAUAUUAUAUCUCACAUACUAUGGUUGAAUUUAAGAUUCAGAUUUUUGUUUUU